AUGCUCACCCCGGCGGCGAAACGCCGACGUGUCGACGCGGCAAACGAGACGCUUCGGAAACCGUUUAGGUCGCCCUUGGUGCAGCGGGACCGAGGCCGAGACCAAGACCCAGGCCGAGGCCCAGGCCCGGAGCGGACCCGGGAGGUCAGCACCGCGGACGCUGCGGCGGUGGAGAAUCCUGCGGCUGGAGGGAACGAUGAUUGUGAUUCGGCGGCAGCGGCGACCACAGACCCCGCGGCAGCGUCGUCGCCAUCAUCUGCGAGGGGGGCCGCAACGACGACACCACGGCACGCUACGGAGAAGUUUGCGACGCCUGGGAAACGGGGGGUGAGCGGCACGUUCACGUCUACAUCUACGGCCACGGCUACGCCUACACGCCGGCCCUUUAGCGUUCCGCGCGCGCGUGGGAUGCAGCUGACGGGUGCUUCGCCUUCGCCGUUGCGGACGACGACGGCGGGACCUUACGGCGGUGCUGGUGCCAGAAAGACGGGUCCCGGGCUUGGGUUUGUUGGUGGAGGGAGCAAGAGCGAGAGAGAGGCGGAGGGGAGGGAGGAGAUUCUACGGCAGGCUGAGCGGAUUCGCGGCCCCGUGGGAGAAGGGGAGACGGACGAGGAGCUUGUCGAGUUGAUUGGCAAGUGGAGGGCCGCGAGCCGGAUUGCGGCGGAGGAGGUGUUUGAGGGGUCCAAGGAGAGGGUUAAGGGCAUGGGAGGGUUAAAGGCUUGGAGGAGGGCGAGGAGGGAGGACGAGGUGAGGUUUAUGGCGAUGUUGGAGGGGGAGGAAAGUGCUGGGAGGGCCAGGAGGGGUGGUUGUGAGGAGUGGGAGGGGAGUGACGAAGGGUAUCGUGGUGAAGGAGGAGAAGGAGAUGAUGGUGAGGGUGAGGAUGAGGAAGAAGAGGAAGAGGAGUUCACGAUGGGGACGAUGCUCCGGAGUAUGAAUAUCGAUUUUGAGAUUAUCGGCUACGAUGAGGAUACCGGGUGGUGGAGGGACGGGUGAUGUGAAGCAGACACACGGCUUUCUCGCUUUUUCACUACUGCCCGUCGUCGACGAGACGGGACGAGAUGAGGCGGCCGUAUCCGUGGUACAUGACGACGACGGACACACGGGGUCUCAGACUACGUGACGUCUACAGACUAGGCUCGAGAGCCUUUGGCUUUUCCACCAACAUUGCUAUUCUCGGAUCGACAAAACCUGCGAGGCAAAGAGAACACGGCGAGAUGCGCUGGUGGCACGCGUUAUACAGGAG